CGGAGGAGGCGGCGCUCGCGUUUUCAGAAACGUAAGUUUGUAUGAAGCCACAAGCCGAAGGUUUGUUCAAUAACUCAUCAGUAUUGUUCCGAGCCGAGGAGCGGGUCUGUGUAGCAGAGGCCUGUUUGAUGACAUUCAUCAGUGUUAGUAGCGCAGACCAUUAAAGGACUUCCACGGAGCAGCACGUCAGUCACGCAGGGGGACAAUGAAGAAGGCUGCCUUGUUGCUAAUUGUGCUGCUCGGCGUUGCACAUUUUGCUACCGUCAGCAGAUGUGAAGAUGAUGUGGAAGAAGAUGAGAAGGAAGAUGCUGCUGAAGAGGACACUGAUGACGACGAGGAGGAUGGGGAUGACGAUGAUGAUGAUACAGAGGUGAAAGAAGAGAAUGGAGUUCUAAUUCUCACAGAUGGCAACUUUGAAACCUUCAUGGAGGGAAAAGACACAGUUCUAGUUGAGUUUUAUGCACCAUGGUGUGGACACUGUAAGCAGUUUGCCCCGGAGUAUGAGAAGAUUGCUCAGACUCUGAGGGAGAAUGAUCCUCCCAUACCUGUGGCCAAAGUGGAUGCUACGUUGGCGACCACAUUGGCGAGCAGGUUUGAUGUGUCGGGAUAUCCCACUAUUAAGAUCCUGAAAAAUGGGGAGCCGGUGGACUACGAUGGAGACAGAACAGAGAAGGCCAUUGUGGAGCGAGUGAAAGAGGUGUCUCAACCAGACUGGAAGCCGCCUCCUGAGGCGACGCUGGUGCUGACCAAGGAGAAUUUUGAUGAUACCGUUAAUAACGCAGACAUCAUUCUAGUAGAGUUCUACGCUCCAUGGUGUGGACACUGCAAGCGUCUGGCUCCAGAGUACGAGAAGGCUGCUAAAGCGUUGAGCCAGCGCACUCCUCCUAUUCUUCUGGCCAAGGUUGAUGCCACGGUGGAAAGUGAGGUCGCGUCACGCUUUGGAGUCACGGGCUAUCCCACCUUGAAGAUCUUCAGGAAGGGCAAGGUGUUCGACUACAACGGGCCCAGAGAGCAGUACGGUAUUGUGAACUACAUGAGUGAACAGGCCGGACCUCCAUCUAAGCAGAUCCAGUCUGCAAAGCAGGUGCAGGAGCUCCUUAAAGAUGGCGACGACGCCGUUAUAGUCGGAGUGUUCUCCGGUGAACAGGAUGCGGCUUAUGAGACCUACAUCGAGGCCUGUAACGCGCUAAGGGAGGACUUCACCUUCCGUCACUCCUUCAGCCCCGAAGUAGCCAAACUUCUUAAAGUUUCUCUGGGUCAGGUUGUUGUCCUUCAGCCUGAAAAGUUCCACUCAAAGUACGAACCAGCGUCUCAGAAACUUGCAAUCAAGGACUCCACAUCGGUAUCAGACGUUCAAGAUUUCUUCAAAAAGUAUUCCGUUCCUCUGGUGGGACACAGAAAACCCAGCAAUGAUGCCAAGCGCUAUGCCAGCAGACCCCUGGUGGUCGUGUAUUACGGGGUUGACUUCAGCUUUGACUUCAGAGUUGCUACCCAGUUCUGGAGGUCCAAGGUGCUGGAUGUAGCCAAGGACUUCCCAGAGUAUACGUUUGCCAUCGCUGAUGAGGAGGAUUACGCUGAGGAGCUGAAGAGUCUCGGCCUGAGCGAGAGCGGGGAGGAAGUGAAUGUUGCCAUUUUGGCAGAUGGAGGCAAAAAGUUCGCCAUGGAGCCGGAGGAGUUGGACUCCGAGGUGCUGAGAGAUUUUGUUGUUGCGUUUAAGAAAGGAAAACUCACACCCAUCAUCAAGUCCCAGUCGGUGCCAAAGAACAAUAAGGGACCUGUUAAAGUCGUGGUGGGGAAGACCUUUGAUGAAAUCGUCAUGGACACCAGUAAAGAUGUCCUGAUCGAGUUCUACGCACCCUGGUGCGGCCACUGUAAGAAACUUGAGCCAGAUUAUUUGGCUCUUGGGAAGAAGUACAAGAGCGAGAAGAACCUGGUGAUCGCCAAGAUGGACGCCACCGCUAACGACGUGCCAAAUGACAACUACAAAGUGGAAGGCUUCCCUACGAUAUACUUUGCCCCGAGUAACAACAAGCAGAAUCCGGUGAAGUUUGAGGGUGGAGACAGAACGCUAGAAGGCUUCAGCAAAUUCUUGGAAAAGCACGCCACCAAGCUACAGCAGAGAGAUGAACUCUGAGCGUUCUCCACGAGGAGCUGCGGACUAACUGUGGGGAGGUGAAGGGAGCAUGGAGGAGGAUUAACGGUGUUACUGAGUUGCUGUGAUGAUUCAGAGUUUAAAUCAUCGUUUUAGUUUCUGUUCAGCUUCCGUUCCUGAAAGCAUGUAAGCACUGCUGAUGAUUUUUAAAUAAAUCUUUAAAAUGA